CAGACUGCAAGCAGCCCUCCAGUGUUUCGGCGAGGCAAAAGCAGUAAGUGCCGCAGCACCUGUCUGACAGACAGAGUGAGAGAGAAAAAGAAGAGAGAGGCAGGCGAGGGGGGUGCCGAGAGACCGUAGAAAAAAGAGUUAACUCUGGAGGUGUGAGUCAGUCUUGCUCUAAGCCGGCAAUUGAAAGGACGAAGAAAUGUUUAUUGUGUAGAAAUGAGUGUGACUUACCUUCGAUGUUGGAUUUUUGUUUGGAAAAACUUGUGGAUACGACCUUGGCUGCCACCCAGUGUAGCUCCGAUACCGUAAAUUUUCCGACUUUGGUAGAGGGGGCAGAGGGAACCAUGAAAAUGGACAUGGAAGAUGCUGACAUGACUCUGUGGACAGAGGCAGAUUUUGAAGAGAAGUGCACAUACAUUGUGAAUGACCACCCCUGGGACUCUGGUGCUGAUGGAGGAACUGCCAUUCAGGCGGAGGCAUCUUUGCCAAGGAAUCUGGUUUUCAAAUAUGCACCGAACUGCAAAGAGGUCAUUGGAGUAAUAAGCAAAGAAUACAUACCAAAAGGAACACGUUUUGGACCUUUGAUAGGUGAAAUCUAUACCAAUGAUACAGUUCCCAAGAAUGCCAACAGACAAUAUUUUUGGCGGAUCUAUUCUAAUGGGGAGCUUCAUCACUUCAUCGAUGGCUUUAAUGAGGAGAAAAGCAACUGGAUGCGUUAUGUGAACCCUGCUCACUCCGUUCAGGAGCAGAAUUUGGCUGCCUGUCAGAAUGGAAUGAACAUCUAUUUCUACACUAUUAAGCCAAUCCCUGCCAACCAGGAACUUCUUGUGUGGUAUUGUCGGGACUUUGCAGAAAGACUCCACUAUCCUCCCUCUGGAGAGCUGAUGAGGAUGGACCUCAUUCAAACACACAUCAGUCCAAAGCAACAGAGUGCUGAGAAAAAUGAACUUUGCCCCAAAAGUGUCCCAAAGAGAGAGCACAGUGUGAAAGAAAUUCUGAAACAUGAUUCCAGCCAUUCAAAAGGAAAGAGCUUCUUCCAUGCUAACAUUUCACCCAUCACUCCAGAAAAGGACAUGGAUGACCUGAGGAAAAACUGCAGCCCCGAAAGGCCCAUCUGCCCGCGGGUUAUCUACCCAAUCCGAGUUCCCCAUGCAGAAGACUUGUUGAAAGCUUCUCUGACCUACAGGAUGGAGAGACCUACUUACAUCACUCACUCCCCCAUCCCAUCAUCCACCACUCCUAGCCCCUCAGCAGUAAGCAGCCCAGACCAAAGUCUGAAAAGCUCCAGCCCUCACGGGAGCCUGGGGGACACAGUUUCACCUUUGGCGCCCAUUUCUCAAGAACAUCGAGACUCUUACCCUUACUUGAAUACACACUAUGGCACAGAAGGAUUGGGGUCUUACCCUGGCUAUAUACCACCGAGUCAUCUCUCUCCAGCUUUCUUCCCCUCUUAUAAUGCUCAUUAUCCCAAGUUACUUUUACCUCCAUAUGGUAUGAGCUGUAAUAGCCUGAGUACUGUGAACAAUAUAAAUGGCAUCAAUAACUUCAAUCUCUUCCCAAGGUUAUAUCCAGUCUAUGGUAACAUCCUCAGUGGAGGAGGCAACUUGCCUCAUACCAUGUUCAACUCAGCUACUCUUCCAAAUUCAUUGCCCUCCGAAGGAUCCCGGAGAUUGCUACAACCAGAGCACCCCAGAGAUGUUCUCGUACCUGCACCCCACAGUGCCUUUUCUAUCACCAGUGCAGCCACCAGCAUGAAAGACAAGCCAUGUAGCCCAACGAGUGGGUCCCCGACUGCUGGGACAGCUGCCACGUCUGAACACAUGAUACAACCUAAAGCUACCUCAGCGAUGUUGGCAGCCAACAGCAGUGAAGAAGCCAUGAAUCUCAUUAAAAGUAAGAGAAAUAUGACUGGUUACAAAACACUUCCAUAUCCACUGAAGAAACAGAAUGGAAAGAUUAAGUACGAGUGUAAUGUUUGUUCUAAGACUUUUGGGCAACUCUCAAACCUGAAGGUCCACCUCAGAGUGCACAGUGGAGAGCGACCGUUCAAAUGUCAAACUUGCAAUAAGGGCUUCACUCAACUUGCCCACCUGCAGAAACACUACCUGGUCCACACUGGAGAAAAGCCUCAUGAAUGUCAGGUUUGUCACAAGCGAUUCAGCAGCACCAGCAAUCUUAAGACUCACCUGCGACUUCACUCUGGAGAGAAACCAUACCAGUGUAAACUGUGCCCAGCCAAGUUCACCCAGUUUGUACAUCUGAAGCUCCACAAGCGUCUACACACCCGGGAGAGGCCACACAAGUGUGCUCAGUGCCACAAGAGCUACAUCCACCUCUGUAGUCUCAAGGUGCACCUAAAUGGCUAUUGCCCCCUAGAUCCAACUUCUGGCCUGUCCAUGGAGGACCUGACCCGAAUCAAUGAAGAAAUAGAGAAGUUUGACAUCAGUGACAAUGCAGACCGACUAGAAGACGCAGAGGAUGGGACUGAUAUGACCUCUGUGGUGGAGAAAGAGAUCCUGGCUUUGCUCAGAAGAGAGAUGGAAGGAGCCAACCUGAAAAUGUCUUUGCAAAGGAGCAUGGGAAACGGACUAAUCUCCUCAGGGUGUAACUUUUACGAGUCAUCAGACCCAUCCCUUAUGAAGUUGCCUCACAGUCACCCACUACCUCUGUUACCUGUAAAGGUCAAACAAGAAACAGUUGAACCAAUGGAUCCUUAAGACUUUCAGGAAAUGAAAGAAGUGAUUUAUAUAUGUAUAUAUACAUAUAUAUAUAUAAAUAAUUUUAAUUUAUGACUUGGCGAGUCGGGGUGCCUGUAGCAAAUUGUUUAUACGUUGAUUCCAAUGCUGCAAAGCUUUCCUGACAUCACAGAUGAGUUCCCUCGCUUUUUUUCCAAUUCAAAGAAGGAACUCUGAAGUUAUUGUAAUCUCAGGGUAUAAAGAAAAAAAGACUCUUAUAUGUAUACGUAUUAUAUAUACAUACAUACAUAUAUAUAUAUUUGACUGUGUUUUGAAUAUGUUUGUAAGUAUGUUUGAGUAGCCUUUCCCAUUACUAAGACAAUCUCCUAUCUAUAAUUAUUUUUCAAUGAUAGUACUUUAUAAUUUAUUAUACAACUUAUCAUUCUAAAAGCAAUAAUUAGAAAAUGUUUACAAUGACUGGAAAAAUCAUUGUAAUUUGAGUAUAAAUGUUUAUUUUUUUUUUUGUCUUGUGGCCAUUCUUUGUAGAUAAUUUCUGCACAUCUGUCUAAAUUAAGGUGAAGUUUAGAUUGGAAAAACAAAAAUACAUUACUUCAGUCAAUAUGCCUACACUAAAGGUUUGAAAAUGAGGUUUUGUAUUGCCAAAGGUGGAUAUGUUGAAUCAUACUUGAGAUCAUUUAGUUUGAACAACAUUGUGUAACUAGGGGGUAGAUGUGCAGAAUUACCCAAUAAUAAUUUGGAUAAUGGCAAUAUGGAAAGGAAUCCUAUGCCUGCCUCUCUGUAGGUAGUCCAGACAUUUUUUCCCUACUUAACAGCUCUACCCAGAAAGGUAACAUGACAAGAAGGCUAUGCCAACCUGACUUUUAUACCAAUGAAAGGGGUGGUGGUUGUUGGUUGGUUGGUUGAGUUUGUAUUUUGGUUUUUUUUUUGCUUUUUUUUUUCUAAAAGCAAUACAGAAGCCCAAAGUCACCCCAAAGAUCCAUCAUAAACUGCCAUAUAAUUUUGCCAUCCCAGUGUAGCAACCGAAAAUGUGAAGAUGAUCAAAUGCCAUGUUUAAAGCCACUGUUAAAAGCACAAGUGGUUUUUUUUGUGUAUGUUUGUUUUUUCGGGUUAUAGUUUGGGAUGUUUUGUGUGUAUGAUGUAUGUUUUAAUUUCUAGAUGUCAGAAUUGCACAAAAAUGGUGCUUUCCCAGAAAGGAUUUUUGGGGUAGAAAGGCUCAGUCCACGUUUUGAAAAACUAAGCAAACAAACAAAAAUCAAAACGGGUAUUUUCUCAUUAUCUCUGGGUGGAAGUGGGUGAUGAACAUUCCUGUUCCAGCACAUCAAUUUUGUUUUGUUUUCUGUAAGACUCAGAUUUUCCUCAGUAUUUGCAUUUGUACAUUUUGUGGUUAAUUUAAUUGAAGAUGAAAAGGGCAUUGCAAAGUUAUUCAACAACAAUUACCUCAUUGAGUGUGUCCAGUAGUGCAGGAAAUGCUGUUUUAUCUAAUGCUUUGCUACUUUAGAGAAGAAACCGAGUGUGCACAGAAAACUUAGAAUGUGGUGUUUUGUUUUGUUUUGUUUUUAAGUUUCCCUCUGUCUCCUUAAAAUUUAAAAAUCAUCUUACUGAAGGACUGGGGCCAGAAAGGGAAGUGGAGGGUGGGGUUGGGGGUGGAAAGGUAGGGAGAGAACCAUGAGUAUAGGGUCAAUUAAGUACAUGUUGUACUCCUUUAAUGUGCAAGGCACUGUGGUGAAUAUAUAGAUAAUGGAGAAAAGUACAUGUCUUCAAGGAAUUUAAAAUCUAGUCAGGGAGACAACAUAGUACACAUAAAAACAUAACUACCAAUGGGGCCCUGAAAUUCAGGAAAGGGAGAGGACACCACCACACCUCCUACUCUGUAGCAGUGCCACUGACUACACCUGAGUGGUGGGCCAGAUGAAGACAAUCACAAAGGGGCUAUUGCGCAUGAGUGUUAUUUUAUUUUCUCAAUUUGCUAAGCCCAAAGAUCUCAUGUUGGCAUUCAAGGUGAAGCAAAGAAUGGUGUAUAUUUAUACAUUAUACCACUAUACUAUAUAUGUAUAUAUAUUUAUGUCACAUUGUGAGCCAAACCAUGUAAUAGAACCUAAUUUUCAUAAAAGAUGAAAAUCAAGCCUUUUCAGAGGACUUUGCAUCGCACCUGAUGACCUCAAACCCCGGAUGAUGAUGUGUUGCGCAUUUGAAAGAAUGUCAAUGUGCAUAUGUGUAUGCUCCCUUUCUGGAGGUUAUAAGGUCCAACAAUGAAGACCCCAAAACCUUGACAGAAAAAGGAAAUAAAAAUCCUACCCUACAUAUGGUAACACCCCAAAGACCAGUGGAUAUGAAUAUAAUAAAUCUAUGAGUGUCAGGGACAGCCGAAUAGAGCUUUAUUUCGUUUUGCCACAUCUGAGUUAUGUGGUCACACCCAGUGUCAGAAGCAAAUCCCAUUAUUACACCCAUUACCACUCAGUGUACAUUGUCUUUAUGUUCUUAUUACUUAAUAGGUCUCUGAUCAGACCAUUUUAUAAGUUGUAGGAUUUUAUGAUGGAAAUAAAAAUGGCUAGUAGGUUGGCAACUAGAAAACAAAACCCAACUUAAGAUAACCCAGGGAAGUAUGUAAAUAAACAUUUGCUGGACAAGUUUAUAUAUAUAUAUAUAUAUGUGUGUGUGUGUGUGUGUGUGUAUGUAUAUAUAUACAUGUAUACACACAUAUACAUAUAAAAUCUCUGCCUCUAGGAACAACAAGGCUGACAAAUUUAGGUGUAGCAAUGUGGUUAAAAAACAGUACUUAAGUGUAGAUAAACCAAAGUAUCACUACUCUGGACACUGGACACACUUUUCUUCUCCUAAACCCCUUUUCCCUCCCCCUCUUUUUUGGCCUUUAGUGCUUUUGUGUUGAAGUUUUUCGAAGAUUUAUAUACUGCAGCUUUAAAAAUUUCGAAUUCUCUUUACUGUCCACGGUUCUCCCAACCCUCCCUUGUUUAGGCCUCUUACAUGUGAAUGUAGCAAACAAUCAGAAGUGGUUUUGCUUUUCUCAAAGGGAAAAACUGACCCAAGUUAAUCGGCUUUUUACUUUGCUAGAACAACAAACUAUCUUAUGUUUACGAACCAGUUUACAUUGUUAUUUAUGUACAAUUGUCAAAAUGUAAAUUAAAUAUAAAUGUUCAUGCUUUA